GCUCUCACUGUACAAAACGAAUGCAUUUAAUAUUAAUGAACUCGUGUAUUGGCUCUUACCCGUGUCAAUCCUAGAGUGCUUCUUCACUAGGUUGGUUGACCCCUUGUAUAUUAUUACUGAGGACCAGGCUAAAAGUAAAAAUGUUGCGGAUCCUCGGCACUGGGACAGGCUGAAUGGAGUCAACGUUGAGCGCAAAUAAAAUCAUUCUACAUUCACCCGGAGCGCACAAAAUAUUGUUUUACAAAAAUACGGGCAUCUUGUAGUUCUCCAUAGACGUCCCGACCCUCAGCCUCCACAUGCCUCCAUCUCCCCUUGACGACAGAAUUGUGGUGGCGCUGCCAAGGCCGAUCCGACCUCAGGAACUCCGACUGCGCCUGGACACCAGCUACCUGGACACCAGCUACCUGGACACCAGCUACCUGGACACUACUGUCACCAGCCCUGUCAGCAAGACGACCGUCAUCAGCACAACGGUGGUGAAGAUCCGGGCGACCAACCUCACUUAUAUGCCCUCAUCUAACGGCUCCACGCGCUCCCUGUCGUGUGGAUGCACCAGUGCCAGCUGCUGCUCGGUCACCACCUACGAGAAGGACAGCCAGCACAACCAGCGCCAGCAGCAGAGCCAUGUCAGCCAGGUGAGCGCCAGCAGCCCCAACCUCAGCUAUGCUGGACCCGCCUCCUCCAACCCCAUAGUCACGGGCAUGGGCAUGAUACACCAUGAGGCCUUCAGCGACCCUAGUCUCACCUCUGGCCCAACCAAGGCUCUAGGGUCCACUGUCCGGGUCAUCCACCCCAAUGAGCUGGCCAAGCGGAUGGCCAGAUGCCCCAUGGGCCACCCGGUCGGGCCGGUGCCGGUCAUCAUCGACUGCCGGCCCUUCAUGGACUACAACAAGAGCCACAUCCAGGGUGCAGUACACAUCAACUGUUCGGACAAGAUCAGCCGGCGACGGCUGCAGCAGGGCAAGAUCACCGUGCUGGACCUGCUCUCGUGCCGUGAGUCCUCCGGCAAGGACUCCUUUAAGGGCAUCUUCUCCAAAGAGAUUGUGGUGUACGACGAGAGUACAAUGGAUCCCCAGAGGGUGACCUCCUCACAGCCCCUUCAUGUGGUCCUGGAUUCGCUGAAGAGGGAGGGAAAGGACCCCAUUGUUCUCAAAGGGGGUCUCAGCUGCUUCAGACAAAACCACCAGAACCUGUGUGACCACUCCCUCCACCUCCACGAGAGCCUGGAUGCCGGAAUAGGCGUCAGCGGGGCCUCCGGCCACACAGGGGCACUACCUCACUCUAUGUCCCUGCCCUCCACGCCGGACAUCGAGGACGCCGAGCUGACGCCCAUCCUGCCCUUCCUGUACCUGGGCAACGAGCACGACGCGCAGGACGCCCACAGGCUACAGCGCUACAACAUCGGCUUUGUGCUCAACGUCACCACUCACCUGCCGCUCUACCACUAUGACACAGGCCUGUUCAGCUACAAGCGGCUGCCAGCCACCGACAGCAACAAGCAGAACUUGAGGCAGUACUUUGAGGAGGCGUUUGAAUUCAUCGAGGAAGCACGGCAAGCGGACAUGGGCCUCUUGAUCCACUGCCAGGCAGGCGUGUCUCGCUCGGCCACCAUCGUCAUUGCCUACCUGAUGAAGCACACCUGGAUGACCAUGACUGACGCUUACAAGUUUGUCAAGACCCGGCGGCCCAUCAUCUCCCCCAACCUCAACUUCAUGGGCCAACUGCUGGAGUUCGAGGAGGAUCUGAACAACGGCAUCACACCACGCAUCCUCAUGCCAAAGCUCAUCGGUGUGGAGACCAUGGUUUAGGAGGACACCUGCCAUUCCUGGUUUAAGAGGACAUCCCACUCACUCUACGGGCUACUCUUGACAGGCUGAUUCUGAGAGCAAAAUCACUUUAUUUCAGAAUCUCCUAGUCAUGCUCUUCUGGGACUGUCACAGGAGUGCCAAGGUUCUGGGUCAACGGCGAUGAGAAACACCCCAGAAUACCUGCUGUUCCGAACUGGCUGGCUUCCUGGAGGAACAAGAGUGUUGGGGAGAGAAAACGGUCAGUGGGAAGCUAUUGUGCAUGACCAUGGAGGAGCAAAAACAUGUAAGGAAAGGAAAAUAGAUGAACUAUUUCUGAAGAAAAAAAAACAGCAUGUACUGUGGGGACUUAGCAGGUUAGCAGUGAGAGAAACGGACUCUUCAGACUCACACUGUGCUGUGGCUCACGGUUAUUGUUGCAGGCAGGCUGGGGCCGAGCUGGCCGAGGCGGUGCCUGUCAGAAAAGAUGAAGACUUGUUUGGUGUGUUAAUGUUCUUGUUCUAUUUUUAUACAGGGGUUUAUGGGGGUGACCAUGACAAGCCCAAAGUGGCUUACUGUGCAAUAAUGUCUGAGUGGAAUGCGGCUGGGAGCCUGAUCUUAUGUGUAUAUAUGGGUAUUCAAUGACGAUAAAACAUUUCCAUUUCGCCACUGAUUUGACAUGAAGUAACCUUUUUUGAAUUAAUUGUUGUUAUCGAUUCUGUAUUUUUUUUACGCAUACCAUUGAGCUGUUACACUAUAUAUAUAAAAGUAUUUGGACACCCCUUCAAAUUACUGGUUUUUGGCUAUUUCAGUCACACCCGUUGCUGACAGGUGUAUACAAUCGAGCACACAGCCAUGGAAUCUCCAUAGCCUAACA